UACAGUCCUUCCAAUGACUGCGCGAGCUGGUUUAUCAGUUGUCACCAACCUUUUUUUUUUUUUUUUUUAGAUCUGACCGAUACACGAAAUAAAAGGGAUCUUGUCUUAAUUUACUCACAAAGGUUCUUAGUGUGAGAAUGUUUUGUCGACCACAAAGGUAUUAUGACUGGCAUGGCAUCAGAUGCCAAAUGUACCCGCUGGCGUUGAGUAGAAGAACAUUAAAUUGUUCUGCCCAAUGAAUAAAGACACAUUGUGCGUAGUAAAUAAAAAAUAGUUUUCUAAAAUUUGAGGACCAAUUGAGACAAUAAUGAUUGUUUCCUGCUGUGCACAUGAUGAGCUCUCGCCGGAUCACUGAAAUAGACGUCUAAACAUCCAAGUUACAUGAAGACUUUGACUGACAAGUCGUGCACUCAAUGAAUCACGUUUGAGUUGGAGGUCAUAACAAUUAUUAACUGGAAGGAAAGAUUCAGGGGUGAAAGAGCACCUCUGGAUCAGACGAUUGGCUGCCGGCAGAAGAGGAACAUCUGCAAAUCAACUGCUGACCGAGAAGCAGCAAUGGAGCAGCUCUCUGGCUUGACUGUGAGAGAAACUGUGGAGAAGGUGGCCGCUUCGCUGGGCUGCCCGACGACUUCUGAACGGGUGGCCGCCUUCUUGGACGACCAUGACGAAUUAAGACACCUAAGAGAGAACUUUUUCAUGCCAAAAAUAGCAGAUUUGCCUACCUCGGAUCUGUCGCUGGUAGAUGGCGCCAAAGACAGCAUCUACCUGGUUGGCAACUCGCUGGGCCUGCAGCCCAAAAUGGUCAAGAAGUACUUGGAGGAAGAGCUGGACAAGUGGGCCAAAAUGGGCGUGCACGGCCAUAUGCAGGGGUCACGGCCUUGGGCCUGGGCUGAGAACAACCUGGAGGUGCUCAUGGCAAGAGUUGUCGGAGCGCUUCCAGAAGAGGUUGCGUUGAUGAACGGGUUGACGGUCAACCUACACCUGCUGAUGCUUUCCUUCUACCAACCCACUGCUGCGCGGCACAAGAUACUUCUGGAAGACAAAGCCUUCCCUUCGGACCAUUACGCUGCCGAAUCUCAGAUCCGACUACGAGGAUUUGACCCUGAGCAGAGCAUGUUGCUGCUGAAGCCCAGACCGGGGGAGGAGACUCUACGAACAGAGGACAUCCUGGACGUGAUCGAGAAAGAGGGCGCCUCUGUGGCGUUAGUCAUGCUCAGUGGAGUUCAGUACUACACUGGUCAGCUGUUCAACAUGGCCGCCAUCACCAAGGCUGCCCAGAACAAGGGCUGCUUGGUGGGCUUCGACCUGGCCCACGCAGCAGGAAACGUUGAGCUGAAGCUGCACGAGUGGGGUGUGGACUUUGCUUGUUGGUGCUCUUACAAGUAUUUAAACUCAGGUUGCGGUGGGAUCGCUGGGGCGUUCAUCCAUGAGAAACAUCAGUACACCAUCAAAGCUGCGCUGACGGGGUGGUGGGGUCAUGACUUAAAAACUCGUUUCCAGAUGAGCAAUGAGUUGGAGCUGCAACCCGGAGUGAAAGGCUUCAGACUGUCCAACCAGCCCGUUCUCCUUGUGUGCGCCCUGCAGGCCAGUUUGGAGGUUUUUAACAUGACCAGCAUGCAGCUACUACGCAGGAAGUCCCUGUUGCUAACGGGCUACUUAGAGUAUCUAAUUGGCCACUACUAUAAUGAGGAUCCCGCCCAAGCCGGCAAACCUCAGGUGCGCAUCAUCACGCCAUCUGACCCGCAGCAGAGAGGCUGCCAGCUGUCACUCUGCUUCUCUGUGCCCAUCCAAAGAAUCUUCCAUCAGCUGGAGAGGAGGGGUGUGGUUUGUGACAUGCGUCACCCGAGUGUGCUGCGCAUCGCCCCGGUGCCACUCUACAACUCCUUCAGUGAUGUCCAUCGCUUCAUCCAAACUUUGGAAGCGUCUGUGGCCGCCAGCUGCCAGUGAGCCACGUACAGUCAGCAAGUCCAAAAAAAGACUCUUAAAAAGACAAAAUAAACAAAACAAAACAA